AUGCCAAUGUCUCCGAGCCCUUCUGAGUCUUUUGCUGGAGUUGAAGGGAGACAUGGAAACGACGUGGACAUGACUGAGGAAUGUCAGGAAGAGGAUGAUUCGGCUUCGUCUUACAUCAUAACUCCUACCUACAGAUUCACGAACGAAGUAGACUGCGGCCAAUUUGGUAUUAACAUGCCGAUCCCUUUCUUCUACCCAUGUUCUACACCACCGGGUCACGUGGCUGGAGUUCAAUUCUACACACAAUGCAAGACCAUCACUCAAAACUGGGCGAGUAUCUAG